UAGUAUUUUGGUAAAUGUAGGUAGCUCGUAAAAAUAUGUCAAAUGUCAGUUUGCCGUGAAAUACAUGUCCGUUACGUUGCUAUCCGAGUGUUUUAAUCCAAAUUAAAUCCCAAACACAAUAUUUGGCGACGAGAAGUACCUAACGCGAUAAAAUAAGUGAUAAACUAGUGGAUUUAUUGUUAAAAACGAUGGCAGCGAGCGCUAACGUGAUUUAUGGCGGCAAUCUCACGUUCGACCACAACGCGCAAGAAUGGAGGAUUUUUAAGGAGCGCUUUGAAGCUAUGUGUUUUGCAAAUGAUUUGACGGACACCACCGACAAAGCGGGCACAAAGCGGCGUUCCAUACUCCUUACGACGUUUGUGGAAGAAACUUACCGCGUUGCAAAAGAUUUGGUGUACCCAAAAACGUUGAACACCAUUGAAUAUUCUACCCUCCUUGAAAAGCUAGAUGCUCAUUUUGAGUCACCUAGGUGUUCGUUUGCUGAACGUUAUAAAUUUUAUAAAGCGGAGCAACGGACCGGCGAAGAUCUAGCGGAGUGGGCAGCGCGAGUGCGAAGUUUGGCACAGUUCUGCGGGUUCACGACGGAGCUCGAUACAGCACUGCGGGAUCGUUUCGUUCUCGGGCUCGAGAACGCUAAAGAACGAGAGAAGUUGUUUGCGGAGAGCGUCGACAAGCUGAUUUUUAGCAAAGCGUUACAUCUGGCGCAGGCUACUCGCAGCGCCCGGCAGGGCCUGCAAGCGACCGGCUCGUCCAGGCAGGCGGCGGGGGCCGCCGGCGGCGAGGUGUUCGCGGUGCGCGCCGGCGCCGCCGCGACGUCCCAACCAAACAACUCUAAUAAUACAAGACAAGCCUGUGCAGUAUGCGGAUAUAAAAACCACACCAAGGACAAGUGCCGUUAUAUUAAUUACUCGUGUAAAAAGUGCAAUACUAAAGGACAUCUAAGUAGGAUGUGUAAAACGAGUGAUAAAAAGUUUAAUUUCAUUGCUGAGGAAACCGAUGACAUACAUGAAGAUCUCACAAUGUAAACAAUACGGCGGGCAGAGAAAAUGUAAUUUUAAACGAGGUGAUAAUGUUUUAGUAAAAUCAUUUUUUAAGAAUGGUACAAAGCAUACAUGGAAAAGAGGUACUAUUGAGAAUAAAGUGGGA